AUGGAUCUCAUCGGGUUCAGGAGUAUGGCAUCACUCUUCAUUCUCUGCAGUGUCCUGACCUCUGCCCUCUGCUGUGAUUGGCUCAACCACUACAGCGACCUGAGGAACAGCUCCAUAGUUCUCAUCGAGAGCAUGGCGAACUCCAAGCUGCUUUUCAUCAGAGACUGUCUGGAACAGAUUUAUGAUCUGUAUCGUCACAAUGAUGGCAUGUUGCCAGCUGCCUGGGACUCCGUGAAGACCACUGACUUCCUGGAGAGCAUCAACAGACAGAUCGUAGAGCUUGAUAAAUGUGUGAGUGCUAUGCAGCUGCAUCGGUACCGUGACCCCAGCUGGACUUUGAACGUGAGGCACUGCUUCAAAGACCUGAAGAACCAGACUCUGGACCGCUACGGCGGGAGCAGAGAUGGCUGGGAGCUGCUCAGAAGGGAAACCAAACCACACCUGAUAAGACUGGAUCUGCUUGGGAACCAGUUCAAAGAAGCCAUCAGGAGGUAG